UUUAUAAACGAUAUAAUGGACCACUCAGUUAUCCUAGAAAUAAAUAAAGAAGAAGACAAUGAAUCUCAAAAAGAAAACAAAUGGGUAAAUUGGCAUCCAAAGGAUCUCAAAACAAAGAUGUCAAAUGUUAUAAAAAUAGACAAAGUCUCCAAAGCGAGUGUAACUGGUAGACUGGAUAAGUUAAGUGCAGCCCGAUUGGAACUCGUACAGCUGCAAAUCGAAACUACAAGGCAGCAACAUCAGUUCACAGAAGAUGAACACAGACUGAAAAUGUUGCAUCUUGCUAAUGAUGAGGCAAGAAAGCAAAAAAUUCAUGAAUUGCUUGUACUACAAUUAAAAAAUAACAGUAGCGGACCCGUUUUAAAUGACAUGGUAUAGGGAUACCCAUGCUUACCUAGACAGUCAUUAUAAUAUUGCAUAUUUCUGUACGGUUUAGGUUCCUACCUAAUUAUAAUUAUUAUUAAAA